AUGAGUGUUCGUUCGAUUGACCAUGCUCACUCGGUGGAGGCGUUCCCGGGGGUACUCAACAAUAUUGACAUCGAGGCCCAGCCGCGUCCUUUGAGCCCUGCAGUGUCCCCGACUACGAACGAGGUGGGCUCUGAUAAAUUUGUACGCGCAGCCCGGGUGAGCUCCCAAGACACCGCGAGGAAACGUGUCCGGCGCUCCACAACAGCUCGGUCAUACUAUCCUGAUGGCAGCACACAUGAUCCCAACUGGCAACCGGGGACAGAGCCGGGAAUUGAUCCAACCCAACCACUCCCUCCAUACGCCACCGAUGGAGCGGCCUCUCCGCGCAUGGUUUUACACAAAAGGUGUGAAAUCACUGUUGUUGACUUUUCGCAACAUGAAAUGCGCCAAUAUGAGCUAGACAAUGACAACCUCGAGCAAUUCUUAUCGCGAGAGCGAGAACCUUGGGUACAAUGCAGGUGGAUCAAUGUCAACGGGCUCAGUUGGGACGUGGUUCGAAUUCUGGGUAACGAAAAGGGGAUCCACAGACUUGCCGUCGAAGAUCUCAUAUACACGAGUAAUCGCACCAAGGCUGAUUGGUAUUCAGAUCAUGCGUUUGUGGUACUGACAUUACAAAAGCUGGUAAAGCUCCAGGACCAAGCCAGCGACUCAGAAGAGGAGGAUGAUGCGAGUGACAGUCAGUCCUGGAAACAGAAGAAUCAGAGGAGAGCCUCGACAAUAAGUUCCAAGAGCUCAAUCUCUCUAAAGCGUCCGAGUAAGCGAGGCCUGAUUCUGGCAGCGCUCAAGGACGUGAUAUUUCCGCCCAAGACGGAGAAGAAAAAACGCAAAAACAGUGGGAGGCCAAUACGGACAUUCGAGAAGGGGGUUCCUCUAAAGACAGCGUCUCGGUUUAGUGAUCCUUCUGCUGCCCGGAGCAUCCAGCGGUACCGAGGCGGGCCAAACGAAGAUCGCAUAGAGUUCAUGGAGCGACACGCUGUCCUCGCCUCGAAGGGCUUGACUGUUGCUCUCGAACAAGUAUCGGUAUUCCUUCACGCAGAUAAUACCGUGACAUCCUUCUUCGAAACGAGUGCCGAUGAUAUCGAAGCUCCUAUCGUUAGGCGUCUAAGCUCUCCCGAAACGAUCCUACGCCAAUCAUGCGAUGCAAGCAUGCUCCUUCAAGCCAUCUUGGAUGCGGUGAUUGACCUAGCAAUCCCGGUCACUACUGCUUAUCAGGAUGCGAUGGGUGACUUGGAGCUUGAGGUCCUGACCGAUCCAGACAUCGACUUGUCAAAGAGCCUGUACAUUCUGACAUCCGAAAUCUCUGUGCUACGCAACCACAUGCAGCCUCUUGUGGCCGUGAUCAAUGCUCUUCGUGACCACCGAUCAGAGCCCAUCAGCACACCCGGUCUGGGAAUUCUCAAGCAGACAGAAACAUCCAGUCCUUACUUUAGCGAGCUGCCUCCCAAGCCGAAUCUGCACAUAGGAACAAUGACGCCGAACCUCAAAAGUAUAGGAGGAUCCAGCAUCACGAUCAGCCCCAUGUGCCAUACCUAUCUCGGAGAUGCCUUGGAUCAUUGUAUUACAAUUGUUGAAGGCUACGACCAGAUGAGACGCUCCGCUGAUAAUAUGAUUGACCUCAUCUUCAACACAAUAGGAGCGUAUCAAAAUGAGAGUAUGAAACAGUUGACAAUAGUCACCUGUCUUUAUCUCCCGCUGACCUUCUUGACGGGCUAUUUUGGUAUGAAUUUCAAAUCAUUCAAAGGCAUCGACCAUAGUGACGCCUAUUUCUGGAAAAUUGCUGUCCCAUUUGUGGUCGUGACAACACUAUUUCUCAUGCGCGACAAGAUUCAGCGGUAUGCCGUGAUGCUAGCGCAGAGACGACUGAUUAUCAGCUCGAGAAAACAGAGGCAAGAGAGGAAGGACAAAUAG